UCAUGUGUUUGAUAAAUAAUAGAGUUCCAAGGAGGUAUAAAAUUUGGAAACACCAGAUGAAAAUUCCAAGAAUAAAGCUGGAAGGGUGAUAAAAUCCAUAGAGAAAAUUGAGUUGUUCAUACCUAAACAGAAAUGGAGCCUGAGGUGCUGACCAUACAAAAUCUGGGUGGUUCUCUCCCUGUUGAGAAUGUUCAAGCUCUUGCAUCAAUGAACAUGAAGGAGAUCCCACAGAGAUAUCUCCGGCCAGAAGUUGAACUUGAUGAGGUUUCUGUGGAGGACUCGCUUCGGAUUCCAGUAAUUGAUAUGAGCAAACUACUUGAGAGUUCUGAGAUCCAUCAUCAUGAAGAACUGUCAAAACUCCAUUUUGCUUGUAGAGACUGGGGCUUCUUCCAGAUAAUCAAUCAUGGGGUAUCAGAACAAGUUAUUGAGAAAAUGAAGAUUGACAUACUGGAAUUCUUCCAGCUUCCAUUAGUGGAAAAGAAUGCCUAUGCCCAGUUGCCAAACAACCUUGAAGGCUAUGGCCAAGCCUUUGUUGUGUCUGAGGAACAAAAGCUAGACUGGGGAGACAUGUUCUUCCUUCUUCCUCAUCCUGUCUCUUUAAGAAAUAUGAGAUUCUGGCCUACAGUUCCAACAUCCUUCAGAGAUACCCUGGACAAAUACUCAUGGGAACUGAAACGAGUCGCAAUCUGCCUACUCAAGUUCAUAUCUAAGAACCUGGGUCUCAAUUUGGAGAAGCUCGAAAGUUUGUUUGGAGAUGGAAGACAAGGAAUGAGAAUGAACUAUUAUCCACCUUGUGUGCACGCCAACAAGGUCAUAGGUCUCACUCCACACUCUGAUGCCACUGGAUUGACUAUACUACUCCAAGUGAAUGAGGUCCAAGGUUUACAAAUUAGGAAAUCUGGUAAAUGGGUGCCAAUUAAACCCAUCCCUGGUGCUUUCAUUAUCAAUAUUGGUGACAUAAUUGAGAUAAUGAGCAAUGGAGAGUAUAAGAGCAUAGAGCACAGAGCUGUUGUAGACCCAGAAAAGGAACGCCUUUCAAUUGCUGCAUUUCACAGUCCUAAUAUGAGCACCAUGAUUGGUCCUUUACCUGAACUUGUAAAGGAGAAGAAUAUUACAGCAAACUUCAAGACUAUAAGUCAUGAGGAAUUUGUCAGACUUGUUAUAGCCAGGAAGCUUGAUGGUAAAAGCCUGUUGGAUGAUAUGAAAUUGGAGCAGUGACACAAAUGAAAAAUAGAAAUUUGAUGACGCUAGAAUCCUCUUUCUAGCCCCCUUUCCAUUUCUUUUUUUUUUUUGGCCACCAUGUCUCUGUAAAAUGGCCCUGAUAGUAGUUCUUAGCUUAAAACUUUCAUGAUGAUCUAAUAAGAUACUGAUUUUCUAUAUUUGUAUAACAUAAACAAUAUUUCUUCA